AUGCCUUCUAUUCGCUUCGAUGAAUUUUCAGAGAAGUUUGUCCUUCCCGAAAACCUUAGAAAAGAAUUACUGUACCCAGUGUGCCUUCAGAUUUUAGAAAAACCUGUGGAAACUACUUGCCAGCAUUACUUUUGUGUAGAAUGCAUGAAAGGUGUGAUUGAUAGUGGUCAGAAGGUUUCAUGUCCCGUUUGUAAGGACAAUAUUGGCCCCCUCAAAGUACCUACUCGAAUGGUGCUGCGACUCAUUGCCGAACGAGAGGUAAUUUGCACAACCUGUCGCAAGUCUGUUAACUACGAAAAUAGUGCUGUCCAUGCUUGCGAAGGUACUCCACAAGCACCAGCUGUAAUUCCCCAGCCCCAACAACCAGUGGUACACCCUGACCUAGCCCAGGCUAUGCAGCAGAUUUUGGAAGAUGCACAGGCAGGAAAAUUCUCACCAGAAGUGGAGAAGAUAUGCACUGCAUAUGUGAAAACUUGGUUGAAGGAGUCUACAGAUGGAAAAACUGUGCUGUUCAAAACUGGUGGAAAGAGAUUAGCUGGGGCAGUUUGCAUUGAGUAUAAGAAGGCAAAGGGUGGAAGGGAAAGUCUGGAACUGGGUAAAACGUCUAAGAGGUUUCACAUCUAUGAAGGACACACAGUUGACUUAGUGGAAUUAAGAGAGCAGAAUGAGCUUAUCAAAGAUGAACUUCUGGAGUGGAGUGAUUUGGAGUCAGAGCUAAAAAAACUUCAUCAAGAGAUGCAGGUGGCAAUCCAAGAGAAAGAUGGAGCAGUUAAGAAUUUACAAACAAUCAAUGAACACCUCUUAAGUUAUUCUAACAAAUGGGAUGCUCCAACAGAUGUUUUACAGCUUGAAUCACAGCAGUGGGAGCUAAGAGAGCGAGAAAGGUCUAAAAGACCAGACUCAAAGAAAAAUGCAAGUUACUGGGAAGAGGAGCUGAGGGAGACUAGGAGAAACAAGGACCACAAAUCUGAUUAA